AUGCUAGCAGAUGUACGCGAGAAAAUGAUAAUAAGUAAAUACUAUCAGCAUAUCCUAGCCUUUGUUUUUGCCGUUAAUGAAAUCAAGAAGGAUUCCGAACUCUUACCCAACACCACACUGAGAUCAGACAUCUACGACAAUGCUUUCAGCUCACUGAGAAGCUCUCAAGCCCUUCUGGAUCUACUCUUCAGAGAAAAGCCGACUUAUGUCAAUUACCACUGUGACAGGAAGAAGAAAGUCACUUAUGGCUUCCUUGACCCUGCAAUGAAUGAAAAAACUCAGUUCCCUUUUCUCUUCCGGAUGGCUCCAAAUGAAGCACUUCAGCAUGUUGGGAUUGUUCAUCUCCUCAAGCAUUUUGGAUGGAAUUGGAUUGGCCUCCUCACAGCAGAUGAUGACAGUGGAGAGACGUUCCUUCAAAACUUGCUACCAAGGUUGUUCCGGAGUAAUAUUUGCAUUGCUUUGAAAGAAAUUAUUCCCACAAGCGUCCCACGCAGCACAUGUGUUGAGAGUUGCCCCUCCGGACACAGCAGGAUUGUUCAAGAGGGGAAGCAAGUUUGUUGCUAUGAUUGUGCUCGAUGCCCGGAAGGGAAAGUUGCAGUCCAGAUGGAUGCAGACCAAUGUGAGAAGUGCCCAGAAGAGGAAUAUCCAAACCAGAAAAGGGAUAUGUGCAUUCCCAAAUUAAUAACCUACCUAUCCUACGAGGACCCCAUGGGAGCAGGCUUGGCUUCUAUCGCUGUUUUAUUUUUUGUGGUCACAGUGAUAGUGAUGGGGACCUUUUGCGCACACUGGAACACACCAAUUGUCAAAGCCAACAAUCGAACCAUCACUUGUGUCCUGCUCUCCUCUCUGCUGCUCGGCUUUCUGUGCUCCUUCCUAUUCAUUGGCCAGCCUGCGACAGUGACCUGCCUCCUCCGGCAAACCCUGUUUGGCAUCAUCUUCACCAUUGCUGUGUCUUGCAUAUUGGCCAAAACCAUCACUGUGGUGGUUGCCUUCAUGGCCACCAAGCCAGGGAAUAGGAUGAGGAAGUGGGUAGGAAAGAGACUGGCCAUGUCAGUCAUUAUUCCCUGUUCUUUAAUUCAAACUGGCAUUUGUGUGCUGUGGCUGGCAACUUCUCCCCCCUACCCAGAGUUUGACAUGCACUCCCAAGUGGGUCAUAUCAUCAUACAGUGCAAUGAAGGCUCAGACAUCAUGUUCUACAUUGUUCUGGGCUACAUGGGUCUUUUGGCCAGCAUCAGUUUCAUGGUGGCCUUCCUAGCACGGACCUUGCCCGAUUCCUUCAAUGAAGCCAAGCUGAUCACCUUCAGCAUGCUGGUCUUCUGCAGUGUUUGGCUCUCCUUUGUCCCCACCUAUCUGAGCACCAAGGGGAAAGACAUGGUGGCCGUGGAGAUCUUCUCCAUUUUGGCCUCUAGUGGAGGCUUAUUGGCUUGUAUCUUCUUCCCCAAAUGCCACAUCAUUAUAUUCAGAUCUCAACUGAACACCAGAGAGCAGAUAGGAAGGACAAAAUAA